CUCUUUGAUGUCAAAGCCCAUAGUUAAAGAGUUACCACAAUUUAUUCCUACUCAAGUUCAAAGUUCAAACACGAUGCUUCUUCCUUCCAGCUUUUCCCCUCAGGAAUAUCAAUAAUUCAAAGUGGUUAAAAUUAGAACCAGCCCAGCAACCGUCACGUUUAAGGUUUUUUUAACCAAAAAACAAAAUUACUUCCAAAAAGCUAUCUUUAUUAACUUUUAAUUGACCGUUUGGCGGUUUCUGCAGAGCCUAAAUUUCGAUACCAAGAGAAUGUUGAUCGAUAAGAACUACCAUCAUGAUAUCAUUAGCAACCUCCCUGAAUGUUUAAGGAUGGCCAUUUUAACGCACUUGCCCCAUCUAGAAGCUGUAAGGACAAGUGUGCUCUCAAGUAAUUGGAAAUAUACAUGGACCAAGCUUUCACACAUUAAACUUGAUGAGACACUUUGGCCAAAAACAAGUGUGAGUAAGGAUUCAGCAUUCCUAACAUGUGUCAGGCGUAUCUUCCAUAUUGUGCUGAACCAUGAAGGUCCUAUUACAGAGGUCACAAUUGCAUUGUCCAAACUGAAAGAUUGCCCUGAAAUUGACAACUUACUCCUUAUUCUGUCAAAAAGUGAUGUUGAGGGCCUCACACUUAAAAUUCAGGCUGGCCAAUGUCUAUUGCCUUCAUCGUUUUUCAAAUGUAAAAAUCUGAAACACGUUUCACUUUAUUCCUAUCGGGUUCAUCUGCCUUCCAAUUUCACAGGAUUUAACCAACUUCUUGCUAUUAAAAUGGAUUUGGUAAGCAUUGGUUCAGAACAACUUGCAAGUCUUGUUUCUUCUUGCCCGCUACUUGAACAUUUAUGGCUCAGAAUUUCUUCCACAUAUACAUAUGAAUCUCUUGAGAUUCAUGCUCCUAACCUCAAAUGCUUUAAGUUCUUUAGCCGUAUAAAAGAUAUUUGUUUCAAAAACAGCCCAGUCCUCAAAGAUGUAUGGGUUGUAGAUUGUACGAAGAUUGGACAACAUUCAAUAUCAGGAUACUCUAAAGUUGUAGAGCUCUUCAGUUCUCUGCCUGAUCUAAGGUUUUUAUGUUUUGAUCAUAAAUUCACAAAGUGUAUAGCUUCUGGUGGAGUCCCAGCAACGCCAUGUUUGACUGCUGUCCACCUUAAUGCUGUUAAACUUUGUAGCUUUUGUUUAGAAGACACUGUGGGAAUGGCAUUUGUACUUUUUCUGCUUAGAAUAGCGCCUAACUUGCAAGAUAUCACCAUUUAUCUAGACGAUUCUCAUGAUGCCGUUUCUUCCCAAAGUCCUUCCCUCCAUUCUCUCGAUAUUGAAGAAUAUUCAGACGUGAAACUGGAUAAGCUGAGGAUGGUAAUGCUGAGAGAAUUUGCAGGUGCUAAGAACCAAUUGAGGCUUGCAAAACUUCUUUUAAUCAAAUCUCCGGUGCUCAAGAAAAUGAUUAUAAAAGCCAAUACCAAAGUGUGUACUGAAAAGCAACUCCUGAUACUUAAAGAGCUAGUACGAUUUCCCCGACCAUCACCAAUGGCAGAGAUACACUAUUCAUAGGGUUCAAUAAGUCGUUGCUAAGUCCUUGGAACUUUGGGGAAGCAUUUCAAUAACAAGACCUUUUCUGAGACAGUGAGACGUGAUGUCUUGUUAGGCUGUCCGCAACCCGCUGGAGUCAAUAAAUCAAAUUCGCCACCUUUUUAUACGUAUUCACUCAGUCAAUCAGUUUUUCUCUGCAACCCAACACCGUCAAUAUAUUCACCCAACACAUUUUUUUAAAAGAAAUGUAUACAUUCUUACUUUUAUUAUCACACAUCAAUCAUAUGACAAAUUGUUUUUUACUAAUCAUUAUGAAUUAAAAAGUCAAAUAUUUCGAUGUAAAAAAAUAUUUUUUUUGGAAGGUAUUAAAAUUUGCACACAUGACCUUAAUUUCAAAUAAAUUGGAGUUUCCAUUCAAAAUAUGUACUCCUAUAUUGGAUCUACCUAAAAAUGUUUUUUUUUUAAAUUUAAGCCAGCCCAAAAGUAUGAAGAAAAGAAAUCCAAGCGCAUUCCAGCGAGUCCAGGGCACCGCCUAAUUUGAACCGUGCAAACCUCCUGCAAAAUGCUGCUGACUCUUGGGACCCGCACUGCUGCCAACUGUUGGCUUCCUCCUUUUGUGCAGCGGCUAGUGGAAAUGGUGGGUCAAUGUACCCACCGAAAUUUUCCCAACUGGUGCCAUGCAUCCACUUUUGCACCCAACAAUACAUGGGUUGCAAUACUUCUUUGGGGUGAAAAGAAUGAAUUUGACUUAUUCAACUAUGGGUUGCAAUCAGCCUUAGAGAAAUCUUUUUGCUCGUGUAUCUUGAACUUGCAAGAAUUAUGUUUUUUUUCUCUUAGUGUUGUAAUUUAACUGGAAUGUUAAUUUUUGCUUUAAACACUUAGGACCUGUUUACUUGACUGUUUAAAUCACCGUUAGUUUACUAAGAAGCUUGAAGU